CAGAAAUUCCCUUUCUUGGUGCACCGAUACGUUACGCGUAUAGUUAUGUGUGUGGCGCGUUUGUUUUCUUAUCGGCUCAGCAGAUUUGUUAUUGUAUCGCAGAGAGUCGUGAACGUCGAGUCUUUAUAUGCGCGCAUUGUGUAGCAUGCGACACUUCAGCGUUGAGAGAUACUCUCAGUAGUGGCCUGCCCGCAGACCGGCUCGUAUAUUUACGAGCACAUAACCGACGAGUGUUUUUGAUCAAGUGUUAUGUCGGAUCCAGUCCGUAACGCAACGACAACGUCCGAGGAAGAAAAAGAGAGGGAAAUUCACAGUUCGAGCGGCGCAAUGGGCAAAAAGACCAAAUCCAAGAAAAGUCACAGUCCGUCGGAUCAGCAGCAGCAACAACAGCAGCAGGAACGCAGCAAGAUCGAACCUGAAUCGGUGCAGCAAAAGCCUGAUCACGACGUCGAGCAUCGUCGUCGUCGAGAAGAAACGAAUUAUUUCGAUCCCAGGGAACUCGAAAGAUACCAACAAGUGAACGGGACACCGGAGAAUAGUUCGAAGAUGUGCUCUUUUUGCUUGAUCACCGGCCAUGCUACGUCUAAUUCUGAUCUCAGGAGACAGUGCAAAAUGUUGAAUAAAUUGCGUAGCGAAUUUUUUGAGUCUUAUGGGCACUCCAUCGACGAUUGUCCAAUUUACGGGAGAGAAAUUUGUAGUUUUUGUGGAUUAAAAGGGCAUGACCACGAACGUUGUGAAAUAUUAUUAAUAGAAAUGAGAGGCUCUCAGAAUGCAACAAGAAAGUCUCCACCCGAAGCAAAAAAAUGUACGUUUUGUGGUGAUCAAGGUCAUGACGAUGAAUAUUGCCCAAAAAAAGAAGAAGAAAGAAGGUCUUCUUUGAUGAAUUAUUAUACAAGAACUUCUAGUAUUCACUCCUAUACUGAAUCAGAAAAUAACACUAACAAAUAUGGAUUUGAAAAAAACAAUAAAGAAAAAACUUUACUUGAAAGUAAAAACGAAAAAUGUACGUUUUGUGGUGAUCAAGAUCAUAACGAUGAUCAUUGCCCAAGAAAAGAAGUAGAAAGAAAAAGGUCUUCUUUGUUAAAUUAUUCCGCAAGAACUUCUUCUAGUACUCACUCCUAUACUGAAUCAAAAAAUAACACUGAAAAAUAUGGAUUUGAAGAAAACAAUGAAGAAAAAACUUUACAUGAAAGUACAAAAGAAAAAUGUACUUUUUGUGGUGAAAAUGGUCAUAACGAUGAAUAUUGCCCAAGAAAAGAAGUAGAAAAAAGGUCUUCUUUGAUGAAUUAUUGUACAAGAACUUCUAAAAUUCACUCCUAUACCGAAUCAGAAAAUAACUCUAACAAAUAUGGAUUUGAAAAAAACAAUGGAGAAAAAACUUUACUUGAAAGUAAAAACGAAAAAUGUACGUUUUGUGGUGAUCAAGAUCAUAACGAUGAUCAUUGCCCAAGAAAAGAAGAAGAAAGAAAAAGGUCUUCUUUGUUAAAUUAUUCCGCAAGAACUUCUUCUAGUACUCACUCCUAUACUGAAUCAAAAAAUAACACUAAGAAAUAUGGAUUUGAAGAAAACAAUGAAGAAAAAACUUUACAUGAAAGUAAAAACGAAAAAUGUACAUUUUGCGAUGAAAAAGGUCAUAACGAUGAGCAUUGCCCAGAAAAAGAAAGAGCAAGAAAAAGAGAGAACUUUUUCAAUUCAAUGUAUUCUCCACCUAAUUUAGACAAUUGGAGCACAAAAUAUUCUGCCACAACUUUUUCAAGUAUUCACUCCCAAACUAGAUCGGAAAAUAAUAUUAAAAUGAAUGAGCUCGGAAAAAACAAUAAAAAAAAUAUUACACUUGAUAGUAAAGUUGAAGAGUGUACAUUUUGCGGUAUAGAAGGUCAUGAUGAUGAACAUUGCUCAAUGAAAGAGGAAGCAAGAGAAAAGCCAAUGAUGAAUUAUUUUACAAGAACUUCUAGUAUUCACUCCCAAACCGAUUUAGAACAUAACAUUAAAAAGAAUGAACUUGAAGAAAACAACAAAGAAAAAACAUCACAUGAAAGUAAAAGAGAAAAAUGUACAUUUUGUGGUAAAAAUGGUCAUGACGAUGAAUGUUGCCCAGAAAAAGAAAGAGUUAGAGAGAACUCUUCAAAUUCAAUAUAUUCUCCAUCUAAUUUAGACAAUUGGAGCUCAAAAGAUUCUGCAACAACUUUUUCGAGUAUUCCCUCCCAAACUAAAUCAGAAAGUAAUAUUAAAAUGAAUGAGCUUGAAGAAAACAAUAAAAAAAAUAUUACACUUGAUAGUAAAGUUGAAGAGUGUACAUUUUGCGGUAUAGAAGGUCAUGACGAUGAACAUUGCUCAAUGAAAGAGGAAGCAAGAGAAAAGCCAAUGAUGAAUUAUUUUACAAGAACUUCUAGUAUUCACUCCUAUACCAAACCAAAAAAUAACACUAAGAAAUAUGGAUUUGAAGAAAACAAUGAAGAAAAAACUUCACAUGAACGUAUGAGAGAAAAAUGUACGUUUUUUGGUGAAAAUGGUCAUCACGAUGAGCAUUGCCCAGAAAAAGAAAGAGCAAGAAAAAGAGAGAACUUUUUCAAUUCAAUGUAUUCUCCACCUAAUUUAGACAAUUGGAGCACAAAAUAUUCUGCCACAACUUUUUCAAGUAUUCACUCUCAAACUAGAUCGGAAAAUAAUAUUAAAACGAAUGAGCUUGAAGAAAACAAUGAAAAAAAUAUUACAUUUGACAAUAAAGCUGAAGAGUGUACAUUUUGUGGAAUAGAAGGUCAUAAUGAUGAACAUUGCUCAAUGAAAGAGGAAGCAAGAGAAAAGCCUAUGAUGAAUUAUUUUACAACUAAUAUAGAUCAGAACACAAAAUAUUCCACAAGGAAUUUUUCUAGUAGUUACCCCCAGAGCCAUUCAGAAAAUAAUUUCUUUACAGUGCCAAGCGAUAUUGAAGAAAGAAACAGUAAUUUUUAUAGUAAACCAGUUCGUGACAAUGAAUGCACCCUACAAUUGAAACAAGAUAAGGGAAAUAGUUCUGAUUCUGAAAGAAAUCUUCUGCAGGGUCCUAAAAGUUAUCUAAUGCAAUCAAUUAAUGCAGUUCAAUCAUUUUUCGGUCGAGGAUCAAAACCAAGCGAUUCUGAUUUUGAAAAUGAUGAAAAACAAUUUCAGGAAGUGAAAUAUAAAAAAAAAAAUAAAACCCUUGAAUGUGAAUUAUGUUCAGAACGUGGACAUAAAAAAGAAAAUUGUCCAAUCCCAAAAGAAUUAGAAAAAUUGGAUUUAUGUGAUGAAGCAAGCAAGCAAGAAAAAAAUGAAACCCUUAUAUGUGAGUUAUGUUUAAAUGAUGGGCAUGAAAAAGAAAAUUGUCCAAUGAUAAAAGAAUUAGAAAAAUCUGGUUUAUAUGAUCAAGAAAACGAGGAUUAUAAACCAUAUUCUGAAUCAUAUUCUGAAUAUGAUAAAAAAAAAGAAAGCUAUCCAGUGGAUAAAGGAUUAGGAAAAUAUGAAAAUAAUGAUUCAUUUGAUCAUAGAAACGUGAAUUGUGGGCUUCCAUCAUAUUCAGAUUGUUUGAAAGAUUCAAAAAAAAAUCUAAAGAGUUCCAAAAAUAUUAACAGCAAAAAAGACUUGAAGAGUGACUUAUGUAAUAAAUAUCAAAAUAUGAACUUGUGUAAUGCUAAUCAAGAUAAUGACACAAAGGAAAAUAAGUCUUCAACAGAACAAUUACAGGAGAAAAUAUUAACAGGUGCAAGAGAACUGUUGCCUAUAAUUUGUACAAUGCAUAAUUUUUGCUAUGAAUGUCACCCCCCACUGUAUGUAUUUGAUCAUUAUCAUAAAUCUUGUAAAUUUACGAAUGAUAUAUUAAAAUUAUGUGAUGUGAAUGUUCAAAAGAUUAAUUGCAACAUUUGUGAUCGACAAUGUGCAUAUGCAGAAGAUCCAAAAGAGAACUAGAUGAAGAACGUAUUAUAAAAUUGUCUAAAAUUUGUACAGAUCAUCUUACAUUCAAAAUGUUUCCCUCCCCUUUCCCUAAAAUCUUGUAUUUUUAGAAUUAAAAUUAUCUGAUACAAAUGUUAAAAAUGUUAAAUGUAUUUUUUGAGCUGGACAAGAUGUAUCUGAAAAAUGUCAUAAUACUUUCUUUUCAAGUAGACUAUAGCAAAAUCAUUAAAAAAUGUUCAUACUUUUCAUAGAUUUCUAUGACUAUAAGUGUAUGACAAUAAUUGAAUGUUAUACUUUUGCAGUAAUUAUUGUCGAAUAAUUACUAUUUUCAAUAAAGAUAGAUUCUAUCAAUAAACACAUCAAAAAUCUAUGAGUUAA